CGUAGUGUGUGUUGGUGUGCGUGACCGAGUGAGGGCUGUUGUGGUUAUUGAACUGGUGCUACGUGUGGUACAUGACGGAUUCUUGAUUUAGUAUCCAGAGAAGAUUCCGUCUCUGUAAAUAUGACUAUUUUAUCCAAGAAGAAGUCCAGUGGACCAGGAAAAUCGGAAGAUCAAAAUGACUCGGGGAACCAUCAUGGAGGAACUCAUUCUCUUUCACUGGCGUCGAUACAGAGCCAUUCUCAGGCCAGUGAGAGUCAUGAAAGACUAAACUCACCAUCGUGCUGGUCAAGGGAAGAGAAACGAAGUCCACAUUAUGAUGACUAUGAACAUGAUAGUGGCCCAAGCCAUGGAGCAACAAAACGUCGACACCGUUCCAGUCCUCACAGAAGCAGUCGAAGUAAGCUACGCGAAAGAAAUGCAGCCUCCCCACCAAGUUUUGCUGGUUGUAGUGGAGUUGUUGUCACUUCACCAAAAGCAGGUCCAUCUCAGUCUGCUGAUGACCAUGCUAAUGGUUACAACAGCGGUGAUGAGUAUGGACCGUGUGAUGACCAAGCCCUGAGUGAGACUGACUGGUUGGAGCGUGACCGUUGGUUUGAAAAAAUUAUCAAGAGGAAAGGCUUCAUCAUCAAGAAAAUGGAAGAAGAUGGGGCAUGUUUGUUUCGUGCAGUAGCUGACCAAGUUUAUGGUGACCAAGACAUGCAUGCAGUCGUGAGAAAUCACUGUAUGGAUUACAUUGCUGCUAACGGAGAUUAUUUCUCUCAUUACGUCACAGAGGAUUUUGACAGGUACGUUAACAGGAAGAGACGUGAUUAUGUUCAUGGAAAUCACAUAGAGAUGCAAGCAAUGAGUGAGAUGUACAAUCGUACUGUCGAAGUAUUCUGUUAUGGAACAGAACCCAUAAAUAUCUUCCAUGGAAAACACAAGACAGAUAAUGAGCCUAUAAGAUUGUCAUACCACCGUGGAAGUCACUAUAACAGCAUUGUUGACCCUUAUAAAGCAACAAUAGGUGUUGGCUUGGGUUUACCUAGCUACACACCAGGACUUGCAGAAAAAAAUUUAAUGAAGGAAGCUGUGAGUGUUAGUGAAGAUUUUCACAUUGAGCAGACAAUGUUGGAGGAUAAACUAAGAGCUACUGACUGGGAAGCCACAAAUGAAGCUAUAGAGGAGCAGGUGGCUAGGGAGAGCUAUUUACAAUGGUUACGAGACAAUGAGAAAAGAAACAAAUCAAAGCUUCCAGUUACAGAGACUGGCAGCUCGGCAACUGUAACUUCAUCAGAACUGAGGUCAUCUCCUAGAGGCAGAUUUCCAGGACACGGAUCACCACCGCGUUCAGACUUAACACGCAAUUCUCCAAAGACUGGUGAAACUCAUUUAGAUGCAGCAGUAGCAUCUUCAUCUGAGAGCAAUAACUCAUGUGGUGACCACAAGCGAGCUGCACAUUACCAGGGGUUUCAGCUGUUGGAGACAGCAUCGUUCAUGAAUCAUCUGUCGCCUGAGCUUUUUGGGCUGACUGAAUGGGAAGAUGCUGACAUUUUGGCACAAGUAUUAGCUACUUCACAGCAGGAAUACAUGGAUAACUUAAAGAAACAACGAGGGCCAGAAGAGAUGAAUGAUCAAGAGUCUAUAGACAGUAACCGACCAUCGACAUCACGGUAACAAAUAAUUCAGGAUAUUGUAAGAGUGUCGGCAGUGAGCAUGCGUGUGUGCAUGCAUGUGAAAGUGUGUUGUGGCAGAAAGACAAGUAUUCUUCAAUCAUUUACUUAAAACUAAUUGAAAAAGCAGCUGCCUUAUUAAAAUAUAUUAGCAAAAGUUUUUGCAGAUAAGCAUAGUGCAAAAGUGUAGAUAGUUCCGGAAACAGAGCACAAAACCUGCAAGGAGUUGUGACAUGCAUAAAAUAACAGAUCAAAUUAAGUGAAAUGUGAGACAUCACCAUUUUUUCAUCACUUGCAUUGUAAUAGGUUUGUGUUCUGGAUUUAAACAAUUUGUCACUGUGAUGUACUGGGAUAGCCAGUCCCUUUCAGACAUUUAAGAAGAUCCAUCAAUUCCAGUCUUUCAUAUCAUUUCAUAUGAAGUAAUGGUUACACUAAUCAGUAUAAGACUAAUAACUUUAUUGUACAAUAAUCAUGCUGCAACAAUUAGUUGCAUUUAGAGUUUGCUAUCUUUUCAAAUAAGAGGAAUAAUUUGUGAAAAUAAUCAUCUGAUCAUUAUGAAUUAGCCAUGAUUGAGGAAUCAACUUUUGAGUAAACCCCUAGGGGUUAUUCAAAAAGUCUGGAGGAAGCUUAGAAAGCAUUGUGGUUGUGAUCACAUAUUAUCCUGCAAUUUUCAAUCAUGUUUACCAGAUAAUGAUUAGAAAAUUUUGUGAUAAAAGUGUCACUCAAGUACCAAGCAAACCUUACAUACAUAAAUACAUACAUUCAAAAGCAAUAGUCACAGAUUAAUAAAAUUGCUAAUAUUUGUCAGUACUAGAAGUUAUUUAUGUUGUUGUCAUAAGUUUCAUUUACAUAUUCUGGCAGUUAUGAAUCACAGUGAUGAAAAAUCAGUAUCAGCUAUUUACUUUUUAAGAAAUGCAAUAAAGAAAAUUUUGACAAACUCAGACGUGCAGGCUGUAUUUCUGUAAUUGAAGGUGACUGACCAUCACAAUCACUUCUGUGAAUUUAAAGUUUAACCAGUAAAGAGGGGUAAAACAAGUAGGUAGGCUUAUGACAGCAGGCAGGUGGUAAGAAUGUAGUACUCAGAAUUAUUGCUGAAAGAAUCUUGUAAUCGAAUGAUGUAAAGAUAGACACCAAGAUAGGAAGGAAGAAAAUGGAAUAUAAAUUGAUAUAAUAUUGUGCUUUGCUUGUUGUUAUCAUUAGGAAUAGGUAAGUGUACAGUACUAACAACAGGUUGAUUGUUUCUCAUAAGUAGUGUUGAAUUUUGUAGGACAUGUUUUAAACACUCUUCAGUUAAUGUGUGCUGUGGAGCAGUAAUAAGUUUAGGCAGUUAUACUAGAGAAUCUGGAAUUACUUUAUUUUUGAAAAAACUCACAGUAAUGAUUGACCAGUAUCUAUCAAAAUUUCGUGUUGGGUUUUCGAAGUCCCCAUGUUUGGUGCUAAGCCCUUACUGUAUUGUUAUGUUGGGCACUGUCAACAUUCAGAAUUCUUCGCCCAGGAUUUUAGAUGAGUUUUUGCAGGUUCUGUUAUAUCAUUGUCUUGUUAAUUACUGGCUGGUUCCCCAAAAUAUUAAAAGCUUAUUGGUCCUCUGACCAUUUUAACUCCACACAGUAGUGCUGAGACAAUCGGGCCAUGAUAUAUUAGGCCACAACUUUUCUUCCCAACUAAAUUAAAUCUUUCUUAGGGACAUUCAUUUGCUGUAAAUAGUUCAAAAUCUUAUACAUUGUGCUUUGAUAUGUGGUCUUGUAAUUCAGUCUAUCAGAUGUCUUUGGAUAUUUCAUCUGUUCCGUUACAGUAUAUCCAUUAUUGGUGUAAAUGUUCCUUACACAUGCUUUAGUUAUCUUUUUGUAUGCUUAUCUGUAUUUUCCCAUUUGGUCUUUUAUAAUAUUUUCUCCACGUAUUUUGUCACAAGAAGAAUGAAAUGUAAUCGUAAUACAGUGAUUCAAUUAAGUUUUUCAGAUUUCAAACUGUUUAACACAAUUUCUUGGCACUAGUUGGCUGUAAUGUAUCACUUUUAACUGGUAUACAUGCCUUGCAAUAGCAUUGAUUUGAAAAAUAUAUAUCGGUUUUUAAUUAUUGUGGUUUGGUAAAGUUUGAUCUAAGUUAAAUUUGUUUAUCUAAUUGUAAAAGUACAGCAUUCAAAAAGUGCUGUGGUUAAUUGACAUUCUACAUUCUUGUGUCAGUGUCUGUUUACAGGUAAACAGCAUAUGUCUUUAUCAGAUUGAUCUGUUCCUAAUUCUAUUGCUGUGUCUGUGUAUUUGAGUGAGACUGACACUGUUAAUGAGAUCCAUGGUUUUGCCGAUUACAUUCAUAGGUUACAGAAUUCGAAGGUCAGUGUGUGAUGAAACAAUCUUUAAGCCUUCUGUUUAUUCUUGAGCACCAUCUAUGAUACAUAAUUUGGUGCUGCAAUUGAGGUGGGAUAUUGUUUAGUGAUGAAGGUUGGACAGGCUGUGGGCGAGAGGGUGGGAGUGCCUCCCCAACACCACAAAAAAAAAAAAAAAAAAAAAAAAAAAAAUAGUUGUGGGAAUAUGGCAACCAGCUUUGACAUCUGUACAAGCAGUUCCCCAGUUUCCUGAACUGUUGUUGCAGCUUUGUGGAUGUAACAACUUCAUACUAUAUCCAUUUAUGGAUGAGUUGCCUCAUAUUGUUUAUAAAGACUACUUCAGAGAACAGAGGUAAGAUUUCAUGGUUCUAGACUUUAUAGAGUUCUGUUUCCUUUUAGCUGUGUGCUAAAGUGAAUAUUGCCACAGCUAUAGUCGGUUAUUUCACCCUACUGUUCUCAGUUCGUUUUUGUAUGAGCUGGAUGAUUUUAGAGGACUUUCUAAUCACUUUGUACUGUUUCAUUAGUGUGUCAGUUAGCAUUUUUUUGUACAAUUACUGUACUUGCUUCCAUCAGUGGUAAUUAUACAUCCCUGUCGUAUUUGUCUUUUCCAAGAGCACAGUUUUGUAUCAGUUGAAAUUAUGCUAUCCUGUGAUCUCAUUGCUAUACACGCUAUUGUCAAACAGCAUUUUCUUAUAUUUUCUCCUCUCAAUCACCUGAAGCUGUGGGUCUUAUGGGGACAGUUUCAAAUGAUUAGAGAGUUUUGUGGAAAGAUUUCAUCAAAAUAUUAUAAAAUAUAUAUUUGUUCUACACGUAACUAGUUUUGUCACUUCCUGCACAGAGUGACACAUUUAAUCUGUUCUUACUCUUAAUGGUCCCUGUAUCUACCCCCCCCCCCCCCCCCCCACACACACACACACACCUUCACUUGUAUUUGAGAGAGAUUGUGUCCAUAUUCUUAUCCAACCAGUCUGAUGCAGGUUUUUCAGAGACUCCCUCACCCAACUCCAGGGGAAUGCUGGUGUGAUUCCUUAACCAUGAACAAUUCCUUCUCAUUCUUGUCUAAUUUGAGCUUCCACUAAGGCUCUAUUGACCUAGACAGCAAACUUAAAAACCUUGCAUUUAUUUUUACACUAUUUUCAUAGCGGAAUAUUGCUCACUUCAGUUGCUUCUGACGGGUAUCAGUCGUGUAUUACUUUUAUUUUUGGUACUUCCUCAAUUUUUUUUUAUUAAUUCUUAAACAUUCCUUCAGUUUCAAGGUGUUCUGGAUUACAGUUGGUUUAUUAUUAGGGUGUGUGUGUGUGUGUGUGUGUGUGUGUGUGUGUGUGUGUGUUAUAUGGAUCUUCCUCUAUUUAUCAGUUUCUGUGAUAUAUUUCAGCUUAAUGGAAAAUUUUGUAAAUUCAUAAAGUUGAAGCAAGGCAUCUAUCGUGUGUGGAUAUGUAUAAGAUAUAAUCAUCACUGUGGUAAAAAAGACCAUUUUAAUCUUUUUUUGUGGCACAGAUAUAAUUUUGUCAUACUUUUUGUACAUAAUGGUAUUAUGUAAGAUUUGCAAAUUGAAUGUUAAUUUUUUAAAAUUUUCUUAAGGUAAUCAUUUGUAAAUACUGGUUAACAACAAUUGUAAUUAGCUAUGACUUGCAGCCAAAUUAUAGGCAUAAUAUUUGCUUAGCUUUUCUUAAAAUUAAGGGUGUAACAUUUUGGCAAAGCAUGAAAUUGCCUGUCAAUUUUCAGGAUUGCCUGUCAAUUUUCAGGUUCUGUGUUAUAGGGAAGACAUCAAUUUAGAAUCAUUUUGUGGAGUGAAGUGCAUUCAAACGGAAAAAAAGUGACUUAAAAGUUGUUAAAUUUGGCAGAAAAUACAUUGUUGUCUGUCAACUUUUUUUGUAAUAACUAUCUAACAGAACAUGGAAACAAGUUACGAAUUCAGUCACCAGCAUUGUUUCUACUGUAUUCGUGGAGUUCUGUGACAUAUCAUUUUGUAAUCAGAUUAAUAUGAACAGCAUAAUAAUGUAUAAAUUUCUGAUACUUGUAUUUUAAAUUUGUUUAUCAUGUGUAUGUAAUUUCAAAUUUCACCCAAUGAAACAGAACAUCGAAGACACUCUGAAUUAUAUACCUCUGAAAAGUGUGAAGUGAGGGGUAUAAGAAAAAGUUGAUUGUAUUUUUUAAUUAGUGAGAGCAUUAUUUGAUUUUCUUGAGUUCAGUUGAAAUUAAAUUUCAGCGCUUAUAUAAUUUUUUCAGGCUGCUUGAAGAUAAGCUUCUGCUUCUUCCUUUCAUUUCAGUACUGCAGUUGAUUUAUUACAAUUAUAUUCUGCUGUAAUAUUAUACUGGAAUUUGUAAGUUUUUAUAUUCAGUGACCCACUCUGUGAUAUUUUAAAAGAGGUAUUGUUGAAAAAGUUAUGUUGACAAACAGUACGUGCUCUGAGUAAAACACAAACACCAUACACUUUUGUUAAUAUGUUCAUGCUUCAGUUUUCUGUUGUUUGUUUAUCAUAUAGUGACCUUAUGUUAUAAAUCUGUUCUUUCCUUUCCAAAAUUAUGCAUAUUUAGUUGUAUAUUUUUAUAGUUAUAUUGAUUAAAGUUUUGUUAUGCCUAAUCUGUUUGUGCUUUCGUUUUUGUGUAUUUAUCGUUUUCUUUUAGAGAUAUUUAACAGGCAGUAGAUAGUCUUCAGAAGGACAGAGGCAUAAAUGUGUUGCCAUUAUUCUGCUACAAAUGUUAUAUUGCAGUCUGCUGCAAUGUUAAUAUUAAAUCUUUUGUUUUACUUUAUUUAUUUACAAAAAAAAUCUAGAACUUUAAGAUCACAUACAUGUGUAAACAUGGUUGAAAAAUUAGUGGAACAGAACUGCCUCCAUUGAAUUUCUAAAUACUGCAAUAAAUACUUACUUUUGCAUAUACAAUAAAUUUGUAAAUGUAUACUGCCUGUGUGAUAGAUUACUGCCAUUACAAUUUAGAUGUAGACCAUUCACGUAUUGUUGGACACGAUUUUUAAUUAAUAAAAGACUAGGUAAAGAGGUGUGUGUGUGUGUGUGUGUGUGUGUGUGUGUGUGUGUGUGUGUGUGUGUGUUACAAUCAGUAAGAGUGUUUACCAGCUUUAUCUGUUUUGUGGAAAACACCAAUUCUUGGCCCAGUCGUGCCUUCCUGAAACUGUAGAAGGUGCUAUAACAUUUCAGAAUUUUUUAAUAGAUAUGUUUGAAACUUUUUGUGAUAUUUCUAUGUUUUCAUGAGUACACUGUCCUUUGUUGCAGUAUGCCAUUUUUGUGAGAGUAUGUCUGCAGUCUGCUUAAGGACAGUGUAAUCAGAUAUAUUCGUUUUAAGAUGCCUUGGAAUAUGUAGGCAAGUUGCCAUCUCUGCCUAAAUAUUGUGGUGACAAGUUUUUUAUGUUCAUUGUGUAUGUAAACUGAGAAGCAAAACAAGACAUUUUAAAGUGAGA